GACGCGAAAUUUCCCGAGAAAAAGCAGUCCACAGGCGGGGAGAGAGAGAGAGAGAGAGAGAAGAAAAGGAAAAGAAAGAAAAGAAAAUAAGGGAUAAUGUUAUAGUAUAGUAGUGUGGGAUUUGGGAACGAGGAGAGGAAGAAGAGCUAGUAAUCUAUGAGUAGCGAAAAGGCUCCCUCCGCUCCUUCCGCUUCCUCUGCGGCCGAGCUCUGCAAGGGCGUCAAUGGCCUGGACAAGCUCGUCCUCCGCGAACCGCGUGGCAGCUCCGCCGAGGUCUAUUUAUAUGGAGGUCAUGUGACAUCUUGGAAGAAUGACCAUGGGGAGGAGUUGCUUUUUGUCAGUAGUAAGGCUGUAUUUAAGCCUCCAAAAGCAAUUCGUGGAGGAAUUCCAAUAUGCUUUCCGCAAUUUAGCAAUCUUGGUUCUCUUGAACAGCAUGGGUUUGCAAGAAACAGGUUUUGGACAAUUGACACUGACCCACCCCCUUCUCCAACAACUACUUCCAGUAAGGCUUUUGUUGAUCUAAUCCUUAAGCCGUCUGAAGAAGAUACUAAGAUCUGGCCUCACGGUUUUGAGUUCCGUCUGAGGGUGGCACUGGGACCUGGAGGAGAUCUGAUGUUGACAUCUCGCAUCAGGAAUACCAACACUGAUGGAAAGCCAUUCACAUUCACAUUUGCAUAUCACACCUAUUUCUCUGUUUCAGAUAUCAGUGAAGUUCGGGUAGAAGGACUGGAGACAUUGGAUUACCUUGACAACUUGAAGAAUAGGGAGCGUUUUACUGAACAAGGGGACGCUAUAACUUUUGAAUCAGAAGUGGACAAGAUAUAUCUUAGCACUCCUACAAAGAUUGCAAUUCUUGAUCACGAAAAAAAGAGGACCUUUGUAAUACGCAAGGAUGGACUUCCAGAUGCCGUGGUAUGGAAUCCCUGGGAUAAGAAGGCAAAGGCUAUGGUUGAUUUUGGAGACGAUGAGUACAAACAUAUGCUGUGUGUGGAGGCUGCUGCUGUUGAAAAACCUAUCACACUGAAACCUGGCGAGGAGUGGAGAGGAAGGCAGGAGCUUUCUGCUGUUCCUUCGAGUUACUGUAGUGGGCAACUUGAUCCUCAGAAAGUUCUACAGGGCAGCUGAAAGAUCCAACAUACUGGACCAUAUCCUGUACAGGUAUUUUGUUUCGACAUGUAGAUGGAUUAUGACAGCAACUUCUGUAGAGCAUUCUGUUUUCCUCCUUUAAAUUUUACUUGGUAUUUGGUGAAACAGAUGGAUUUAUCGGUAGAUAUUGCUUUGUCAAAUAAUUUGUUGCUUUAGUGGGAGACUUUUUUCUGGGGGGGGGGGGGGGGUAAAGGGGAAGUACAUAUGUAUGGGAAACUACGUAUCUUCCAAUUGGGUUGGAAAUAGGUUCCGUUUUAAUUGGAGCCAUUGGGUUCUGUUACGGCCUGUGAUCUUCUGGUGAUGUAGAAAUGUUGCACAGAGCCUUGGAAUUUUUAUUUUGUGCGUAAUAUAAGAUGCCAACAUGAGGCCUGCCUAGUUUUUGGCUAUUUGAUAA